CCAGACAAACCUCCACACUGAAACCUGAAACUUGGGGAGGGGGCGUGCUUCACCGAGCAUUCGCCGCUCUUUGCUGUGCUAAGUUCACUUUUUUCCAGUCUCAUCCUCCUCAUUCUGAGGGCAUUUCAGCAGACAGCUCUUCUUCUGCAGUGGAUGAUCCCGAGGGGAAAUGCCGCUCCUGAUGGCCCUUCAUCACAUUGGUCUGUGCGUGGUGCUUUGCAUCAGGCUGUCCACACCUCUGCCUUACUCCGAUACUCUGGAGGGAAGUAUAGAUGAGGAAGACUACAACAACUUCAAUUUCUAUCUGCCUAUUACCAAUGUCUCCACGGAGUACCAGACCGCACCUGCCAACACAGCCCACGAGGAAACUGACUUUCUGAAUCAGCUUGUGAACUUUCUUAAUGAGAACAUGCUCCUCAUCCUCGUUGCAGCCAGUCUCAUCCUUCUCAUCUUCCUUAUCAUCUGUGGGGCAGUUUUCAUGAGCCACAGACGCAAAGUCAAUGCUUACUAUCCUUCCUCCUUCCCCCCAAAAAUGUAUGUGGAUGACAGGGACAAAAGUGGAGGUGCCAAACCCUUUAACGAAGUUCAAGAAAAAGCUUCCCCGGGGCAGGAAAGUGAGCCAGUGGACUCUCACAAGCAGCUCCAGGCUGACAUUAUGAGGGCUGCCAAGAGCCUGCGCACUCCAAAUAAAUCUGUUGAUGCUGCAGAGAGAAGCGAUCCCAGUCAGCAAGUAGCAGACCACAGUCCCGAGGACAGCUCAAAAGCAGAUGGCAGCAUCCUAGACCAUCAGCUCCCAAGUCUCCCAGAGGAAAAGGAGCCAAGCGAGCUUUCCGACAGUGAGGCCACCACCACAGAGGGCAGCUCAGAGCAGAGUCCUCCUGAGCUGCCUGGGUCAGAGGAAGUUGAUUCACAAGAGCCUUCGACAGGCAGGAGUCUGCGGCCCUCCUCUCUGCACAUUCACAAUGACUCUGCUACACUUCAGCUCAUCGCAGGAGAGAAAACUGCCUUCUAAGAAAUCAGAUUUGUGCAGAAAACCUUCAAAGAUUUCUGCAGGAUUUCAUUUGAAAAAAUGCAGAGAAGUUACUAAAAAUACAGCAGGCAGAGUUGCAGAUGAUACAUGAUACACUCUCUUAAUGCACCUUUGUACAAGCUUCACAGUACACAAAUAGUGUUAGUGUUUUUUGUGUUCCUGUUUUUGAAUUUAAACAUCUCUACAUAUGGGCCACUGGUGUUAACAGUAGGCAGUGUGGUCCCAAUUACUCUGCGCUUUUAUACAAAAAACAAAAAAAACAAAAAUGGAAACUGGGACUCGGUUCCAUUUUUGAACUUUUAAUAUGGACCUGUUAUGUUUUUCCUCGUUUUCUGUCAUAUAUAUAUACUGCUACAGUAGGGUGGACUUUUAUAUUAAACAUGUCCCAAGUUUCAAAUAAAAAGUUCAGCGUAUAUACAAGUAA